AUGACGCCGGCGGAGCGACUGAGGAAACACCAGAGAGCUCUCGAGAAGACGCAACGAGAGCUCGAUCGCGAGAGAACCAAACUUGAGAACCAAGAGAAGAAGCUCGUACAGGACAUCAAAAAGAGCGCGAAGAAUGGUCAGAUCGGAGCCUGCAAGAUCCAAGCCAAAGAUCUCGUCCGCACUCGGCGCUAUAUAUCCAAAUUUUACCAAAUGCGAACACAGCUACAGGCCAUCUCGUUGCGGAUACAGACUGUGAGAAGCAACGAGCAGAUGAUGCAGUCGAUGAAAGGCGCAACGCAAUUACUGGGCAGCAUGAACCGCCAAAUGAACUUGCCAGCCCUUCAACGGAUCGCCAUGGAGUUCGAGCGGGAAAAUGACAUUAUGGAUCAACGGCAAGAAAUGAUGGACGAUGCAAUCGAUGAUGUAACCGGCCUCGAGGAUGAAGAAGAGGGAGAGGAGGUUGUCAAUCAGGUCCUCGACGAAAUCGGAGUGGAUCUCAACCAAGCGUUGGGCGAAACACCAUCUGGUCUGCAGAAGCAGGCUGUCCCGGAAGGACGUGUCGCGCAAGCUAUCGGCGGCGGCGGCGAAGAUGAUGACCUGCAGGCUCGCCUCGAUAGUUUGCGAAAGUGA